AUGUACAGAUGCUUCUCCUUUGUUGCCCUGAGUGUCCAAAAUGUCAUCUUGCAGAGGCCACAGGUGGCGUUCAAGAUGUACUUGGGCAUCACUCCAAGCAUUACUAAUUGGAGCCCAGCUGGUGAUGAAUUCUCCCUCAUUUUGGAAAAUAACCCCUUGGUGGACUUUGUGGAACUUCCUGAUAACCACUCAUCCCUUAUUUAUUCCAAUCUCUUGUGUGGGGUGUUGCGGGGAGCUUUGGAGAUGGUCCAGAUGGCUGUGGAGGCAAAGUUUGUCCAGGACACCCUGAAAGGAGAUGGUGUGACAGAAAUCCGGAUGAGAUUCAUCAGGCGGAUUGAGGACAAUCUUCCAGCUGGAGAGGAAUAACCAUCCCUAGGACUCGAGGACAGCCAGCAGGAGCACUGUUGGAAUCAGCAGGCCUCUGUGCUCCCUCUGCCCUCCAGAACUCAGUGACUCUUGAACAUGGAUUGUUAUAUAUUCUUAUAACCUGUUUCCAUUCUCCAUUCAAAUAAAGAGCAGACUGUGAUACAGUCCAUUUACCCCAUGUGUGCACAUUCAAGAGCGACAGUCUCUGCUCCCUUUCCCUUGAGAGGGGCCAGAUGUAAUCACCCUUUGUUGGACUAGAAAGAGCUCAAACCUUUUACAUUCCUGUUUGAAUUUUUCCAAAGCAAAACCCACUUUGACCCCAUUAAGAGGCAAGCCUGGCACAUCUAUCCUUGGGCCUUUAAAAAGCCAUUUGCCUCAAAUGGCUAUAGGGUUGUGGGGUGGAGGGAGGAAGGGCUGGGAGGGAGUGGGGAGGAGUUGCUAGCUGUGGUGUGACACACUGUAGUGCUUGCAGGAAAGGAGCCAGCCAUGCCGGAAACACUGACUUCUGGGAAGCCACCCAGCUCUCAUUCCUCCCUGCUGUUUGGAGGCAAUAUCUCCUCUUUUUACAGAGGGCACAUCCUUUUUUCUUACAAAUUCUUCAAUAAAGACACAUUCUUGAGUGAAAUCCCA